AUGGUCACAGCUCUUCCUCACCCCAAAAUCGUCAAGAAACGACGUGCAAAGUUCUUCCGUUUCCAGUCGGAUCGGUUUAUGCGAGUAGACCCCUCAUGGCGUAGACCAAGAGGUAUCGAUAACGCAGUCAGACGAAAAUUCAAGGGUCGUAUCGCCCUCCCCAAAAUCGGUUAUGGAUCAAACAAAAAGACCCGUCACUUGAUGCCAAACGGUUUCAAGAAAUUCAAUGUAUCAAAUGUGCAAGACGUGAAUCUACUCUUGAUGCAAAACAGGGUGUUUGCUGCUGAAAUCUCGGCCAAUGUAUCUGCAAAGAAACGUAUUGCCAUCUUGGAACGCGCAAAGCAAUUGAAUAUUAAGGUUACCAAUCCAAAGGGCAGAGUCAAGAGUGCUGAACACGAGUAA